AUGGUGGAGAAAAAACGGAGGACGACGGAGGCGGCCGUGGUCGAGGAUUUUGUGGAUGCUGAGGGAGCGAGUGUCGAGAGAGAGUGGACCAGUGAGUGGGGUUUGGAGGGUGAGGAGAGCGGUGGCGUGGAUGGUGGAGGAAGGGAAGUGGAAGUAGAGGGUGAGUGA